AUGCUCAACCGGACCCAACUUGGUCCACUUUCCAUGGGCGCGUGUCUCGUGUUGGCAUGCUGUGUGGCCGGCUGGCCGUCAAUGGCCCACUCGCCAUCCGCCAACGAGAAGCUCCGUUCUCGCCAAUCCCAGCAAACUAUCUUCGAGGCCGCGAUGAAUAACCAGGUCCAAGCCUCCCAUCUUCCCGCCGAGGCCCUCGUUUACACCGCCGCCAACGGCCAGCCGUAUGCCACCCCGCUCGCCGCUCAGAGGAUCGGUGUUGAUGGCCCACUGUUGCUUCAGGACUCCCAUCUGAUCGAUAACCAGGCGCACUUCAACCGCAAAAAUAUCCCUGAUCGGGUCGUCCAUGCUCUUGGUGCCGGCGCUCACGGUAUCUUCACGACGACGACCGACUUUGCCCAGUCGAUACACGAUGAUGAGUCUUUUCCAAAGAGGUAA